AUGGCACCCGCGGCGACAUCAGAGAUACCUCCCAUCACCGCUGUUGCGGUCACUAAGGCGCAGCCGGUUCAAGAGGCCGACAAGGAGGUCACACCGCUCGAAGCUAUCUCACAUGGCGAUGUCCUACCUGACAUACCGAGUUUUCCCAGCUACACUGCGGAGCGGCGGCACAUCCUCGUCCACAUGGCUGCCGUCUUCCGGAAUUGGUCACGCAUGGGCUACGCAGAGGGCCAGUCGGGACACAUCUCGAUUCGGGACCCGGAGUUUCCUCAGAUCAUGUGGAUGAAUCCACUCUCACGGCACUACGGCACGCUGACGGCGGGCGACUUCAUCCCCAUGGAGAUCGCGACGGGCCGCAUCGUGGGCGGCCGCCCCAACCCGGCGACGGGGCGGGUGACGGGCAACAAGGCGGGCUACUACAUCCACAGCGCGAUCCACAAGCGGCGGAAUGACAUCCACGCCGUCUGCCACGCGCACACCAUGGCGGGCCGCGCGUGGAGCGUCUUCGCCCGCCCGCUCGAGAUGAUCACGCAGGAUGUGUGCUCCCUCUUCAACUGCCACGCCGUGUAUGCCGACUACGGCGGCAUCGUGUUCGCCAGCGACGAGGGCGAGCGCAUCGCCGACGCGCUGGGCCAGCACAACAAGGGCGCCAUCCUCAUGAACCACGGCCUGCUGAGCGUCGGCUACACCGUCGACGAGGCCGGCUUCAUCUUCGGCCUCAUGGAGCGGAGCUGUGCCAUCCAGCUGCAGGUCGAGGCGGCCUGUGCCGGCGGCAGGCUCACCAAGAACAUCAUCAGCGACGAGGAGGCCGCCUACAACUGCAAGAUGGCGAGCGAGAGCAAUGCGAUGUACAGGGAGAUGCAGCCGGAUGUCGAGCUGGAGAUCGAGGAGGCUGGUGGGGAGGAGGUGCUCGCGAGGGGCUUCGAGCACCUCACUAUCGCGCUGUGA